AUGUCGAUUUUGUGGUUGAUUCUACUCGCCGUUAUCGCCGUUAUUGCAUUUUUGUCAAAUAUCUCAACGAAAUGGAAUUAUAACAUUAAAAUGUGUUUCUAUUAUAUGACAAUUUUAUUACACGGCGCAGAGUGUUGUAUAACUGCGUUUCCUUCCUUUUUGCAGGGAAAGGGAGCCGAUUAUAUCUUCAACUCAUUCUACUAUUGGUGCUACUGGACGGGGGUCCGAACUCAUGUUCGAGGGCUCGAGCAUACGCAAAUUGAUGGUCCCGCAGUUGUUAUAUGCAAUCAUCAAAGCUCAAUUGAUAUCAUUGGAAUGACGUCGUGUUGGCCGAAUAAGUGCGCGGUGAUGAUGAAACGAAUUUUGGCAUUUGUACCUUUUUUCAAUUUGGCUUCAUAUUUUGCGAACUCGAUUUUUAUUGAUCGCUCAAACCGAGAACGUGCCAAGAAUUCUGUUGAUCACUGCGUUUCUGAGCUGAAACGCCGUGGAUUAAAGAUAUGGAUGUUUCCAGAAGGAACUCGAAAUCGCGAAGGCGGACUAAUGCCUUUCAAGAAAGGAGCUUUCAAUAUUGCCGUUAGGGCUCAAGUUCCAAUAAUUCCAGUGGUUUUCUCGGAUUAUAGUCCAUUUUAUUCAAAAAAUGAGAAAUACUUUAUGAACGAUGGUGAAGUUAUUAUUGAGGUCCUUCCACCGAUUUCGACUGACGGGCUUAACAUCGAAGAUGUGCCCGAGUUUUCGGAAAAAGUACGUCAACAAAUGCUCAAUGUCUAUGAAAGAAUAUCUGUUGAAGCGAAAGAAAUGAUGGAGAAGAAGCGAAAUAUGCUCAAAAAACAAUUAUAA